CCCAGACGGACUCACCGGCCACCGUCCCACUCCGCUGUCAUUCUCUUCGGUGCUCUCUCUCUCUCUCUUCCUCUCUCCAAAUCCCCAAAAUUUCAGGGUUUUGCGGUUUGUUCUCACCUCCGAUGAUCCACGCGAGCUAGGGUUGUGAUUCCUCUCGCUCGGCGCCCGAAACGCCAUCUCGUACCGGCCGUUUCUCUUCCUCUCCAGGGUUCCGAUCGCACCGUGCAGUUCGGCCGAGAUCGGUGCACCCAUGGGCGGCGACUGGCAACCCCUCCUGCAAUCGGUCUUCAUCGGCCUGAUCUUCUCUUACCUCCUCGCCAAGCUGAUCUCCUUGCUCUUCACCUUCAAAGACGAAGGCCUCGCCGUCGUCCGCACCUCCGCCGCGCAGUCGGCGAAGUCGGACUCGGGAGUUAGAGAUGCCGCUGAAUCCGCCGGCGCUGACGGUUCCGGCGAGUCGCGCGACACGGAUUCGGUGGUGGCCGAGCACGGUAGCGUGAGGAAUGAGAGCGCGGCGGGGACUGAGGAUGACGAUGAUGGCGGCGGUGGGGGAAGCGAUAGCGAUUGGGAGGGAGUGGAGAGCACGGAGUUGGACGAGGUAUUCAGCGCCGCGACGGCAUUCGUGGCGGCGGCCGCGGCCGAUCGCCUUUCCCAGAGAGUGGCGAAUGAUGUUCAGUUGCAGCUAUAUGGAUUGUAUAAGAUUGCGACCGAAGGGCCAUGCACCGCGCCGCAGCCAUCCGCGUUGAAAAUGACUGCGAGGGCUAAGUGGCAAGCAUGGAAUAAAUUGGGUGCAAUGCCACCUGAAGAAGCAAUGCAGAAGUACAUCGACAUUGUUACUGAGCUGUAUCCUUCUUGGAUUGCUGGCUCAAGUAUGAAGAGCAAAGGAAGUCAUGGUGAUGCACCUAGUGCAGAGACCAAAGGACCGAUGGGGCCAGUUUUUAGCACAUUUGUGCACGAGGAAUCUGGAUCUGAGUCGAAACUUGAUGCUAUACAUGCUUUUGCCAGAGAAGGCGAAAUAGAUAAUUUGCUUAAAUGCAUUGAAGGUGGUGUUUCGGUUAAUGUGAAAGAUAGUGAAGGUAGGACCCCCCUUCAUUGGGCUGUUGAUCGUGGUCAUGCAAAGGUCGUGGAACUGCUUGUCAGCAAGGAUGCUGAUGUAAAUGCAAAGGAUGAUGAGGGCCAAACUCCGUUGCAUUAUGCCGUUGUAUGUGACAGAGAAGGAAUUGCUGAAUUCCUUGUGAAGCAAAAUGCAAGCACGGAUGUAAAGGACAAUGAUGGCAACACCGCUCAUGAUGUUUGCGAGUCAGAUUGGCCAUGGAUGCGAUCUGCUGCGAAGCAUGCGGUCUAAUUGCAGUUCUAAUUCAGUUCUUCCUUGUAGGGCCACGAAAUGCUCAUCUAAACCGCUGCUUCAUGUACAUAUGGCUAUAUAGACUUAUCUCCUCGUUCGUUCCUUUUAAUGUUCCAGUCAGCAUUGUACAUGAAUAUCGGGGGCGCUAUUUGUUAGUCCUUAGUCCUGUUGCGUAUGCAUUAUCGAUCGGAAUGCUCGUUGAAUCUUGUUAAAGAAAACGUUUAUGGAAGGCAUUAAUC